AUGCAACUUGAGAAAUUAUUACUUGGAUUUGUUGUUUUGGAAAAACCAAGCGCAAGCUCGUGGUGAUCUGGGGUUGCUGAGGGUGUUCUACUGACACGACUGAAGGGAGGGAAGCAACGACUGGACAGAAGGGCGCGUUUACGGCGAAGAGACGGCGGGAAGGAGGGUGCGAGAGCCGCCGCCGCCUUAAAACAGAGUAAUGGAUGCGCCAUGAAGUUCGAAGAAGAGUCGUUGAGCCGCUUGUUGUGCGCCUUCCACCUACCAAAUUCUAUCCAUCUGCUUGCACCCUGGCAAAACUGCAUAGCUAUGCAAGAGGCGAUUCGUGAGGAGAGCUUAAAUGUGAAAUCAGACAAGAUCUAUAUCACUACAGUCGGUGGACAUGAUGCUAAGAAAUCAAGUUCAUGGUGUUAGAGAUCUUGCAUUGAGCCUCCCACGAAUGCAUGGGACUCAGGCGAAAUGUACUAGUAUGAGCUCAAUGUGGGACCCUCAUGAUGAUGAGAUAAGGAAAUUGAGAGAAGAGCUUGAUGAGAUGAUAUCAUCUCAAGCGAGUGAAUUGCUAACGAUUAAAGAAGAGAUGACUCGACUCUAUGGAGGAGUUAUCCCACCAAGAAAUGGAGAUGUAAAACAAAAUGUCUCCCCAUUGGGUCCCUCUCAGGAGGCUGCACCCAGCCAGGCAUCAGGAUGCUGUGAAACUAAGACUCCUACGAAGCUACAAUCGUAAGACGAGGACAACUACACCGAGCACAAUCUAUGCACACGAAGCAAUUUUCCAAGAUGAACAGGGAAACCGUAUACAUGCAUUUUGUGAAAAACAUUUGAUCCCAUACUUCAAGCCUCUAUUAAAAGAGGGACAAGUGC